GAAAGGUCCAGUUUUGGACAAAAAAACAAAAGGUAUGCCUUAAAACCCUAAAAACAGCUUCCCCUCCUAACCACCAUUGAGAAACCCUCAACUAACUUCUCAACUCUGAAUCUUUCUAAGGUAUUCAAUGGAUGUGGAGAUACUUUCCACCAUCACCAAUGUGGAUUUGCAGAGAAUGAUUUGCUCAGUGAUGCUUGAAACUGCUUUGGCAGCUCAAAAAUCUCUUCUUUCUCUUCUCUUCAUGAUUGAACUUCUAUGCUUGUACCCGGACCUUGUUGGAGUAGAGAGGAGGUUUCCUUUUGGUGAGCUUAAAGGAGCUACGGUGCCAGAUAAUGAACCCAAGGAUUCAAGUGAUACUGAUGAAUAUGAGAACACCGAUGAUGAAGAAGACGAUGAUGAAGAUGAAGAUGAAGAAGGAAGUGAUGAUGACGACGACGAAGAGUCUGACGAAGAUGAUGCUAGGGCAAAUGGAGGGGGUGAUGAUGAUUCCCAUGAUGAAGAUGAUGAUGAAGAUGACAAUGAAGAUGACGAUGAGGAGGAGGAGGAUGACGACGAUGAAGAGGAAGAGGAUAAUCAACCACUAUAUAAGAGGACAAAAUGAGAACAUCAUACCACACUCCACAGAAUUGAGCAUUGGUUAAUAGAAAUGAUUCAUUUGACAGAUUCUAUGAUGAAGAUAAUUUUUCUUGUUUAUUUUCCUCGCUAAUCUAUUAAAAAGUUCUAGCUCUUGGAA